UUCUGAUCACAUUCACUUCACAUUAUCCGCAAUCUCGAUCUCGAUCUUGAGCGAGAAGGAUAAAAGGAGAGUAAAGACACAGCAAUAAAAGACAAACGGCACGAUAUAUCCUUCAGCGGAAGACAAGAAGAGAAAAUCGUAUGCUGCCAACAUGGCAAGCUCUGUUUUGACUGUCACUUCGUUGGAAAAACGAGUUGCACAGCUAAAGCCAACAAAAGAGAAUGAAAAAACAGAACAAUCAUCUAAUGUCAACCGCGGAGGAGAGGGACAUGAUGCAAAGCACAUAGAUGAACUGAAGAGUAUUGCUGCAGAUAUAAUAACCAUGUUCAAGACUGGAAAAGCAGCAACUGCAGAACAAAAGACAUCGCUUUACAACAUGCUAGGAAACGCAGUUCCAGCCCAUAAGGAUUACAGUGCCAAUAUUGCAACUACAGUCUGUAACAGACUAUCAAGUGAAACACAAGAAGCAUGUGUUCGAUCAGCAACAUUGGCGAUUGAGAAGCAUUUGGCCUUCUGUCUUGCCGAAGAUGAUACGACCACUGCCGCUGCUGCAUCAAAAGUAUUCGCCAAAGAGAUGGGAAGCGCCAAAAUUCCAACUCGUAAAGCAGUUUGCUCUGCUGUCGGUGAAGUAAUCUGGUCACAGCCAAUCAUCGAACCAUCCUCUGCAAGCAAAUCUUUCAUUGAAGCACUCAUACCAGCACUUGAAGGAAAUCUGAAAAAUGCAUCUCAGAAAACAUUGACUUCUCCAUCUGGUCCUUUGGAAGGAUAUGUGGCUGCGGCAGUACUAUUAGGAAGGGCGGCUAAAUGGGAAAUUGCAAAAGUUGAUGCUGCAAUCAAGAAGAAUGAGAUCUUGCAGACCAUCGCUGCGACUCAGCCAAAACCUUCUUUCCUCUUGAACGACAAGGUUGUACGAAAAGUGUCUGUUGUGGAAGAAGAGGUGUGGCUACUAAGAGCACUUGAUGGUUUACUCCUCUCGAACGCAGCCGCGGUUCUGAAAGAUUCUUCAGCGAUUGACGUUGUUGCAUUGGCAAUUCGACAAAUCGCAUUCAGCAGUAAAACAGUCAAAGCACGGAAUGAAAGCGUGUUGACCAUACAGUCCAUUGCAAAACGAGAUGUUUCGAUGGCCACCUUAAUCCUGAAACAGGGUCUCACAAAUUGGCUCAUGACAUUGGAAAUUGAUCAGGUACAUGCAACAGAAGGGAAUGAACCAAACUCGAUCGAGAAACAAGAUGCAGCUGCGGCAGCAGCAGCUGAAAGGCCAAAAGAGAAAGAUUUCAGUAGAGCAAUCAAGAAGCUCAUGGCGUCAAUCUGUUCCGUAUCGUCAAGUUUUGAUGAUCGCUCAAAGAUGAAUACAUUGUGUGAAUUCUUCGUGUUGGCACAUCAUCCUGAACUUGGCGUAGGAAGGCGACAAACAUUUAUCGGACUUUGUCAGGUCGCAAAGAUGGAUACCCGUCUCAUCGUGGAUUUACGAUUAGAAUCUCUUUUAGCAUCUGCUAAACAAUCACUCAAUAUGCCCCAAUUGAGACAAGCAGCUUUGGACGCUCUUUCCACUUUGGUCUUAAUCGCACCACAAGAUGUUUCGGCAGUAUUGAUGGACGACAUACGCACAGGUCUAGGACUGAAAGAAGUAGAUGCAUUGACACCACAAGAUUUGGGUAUCUGGCAGACUCCGCCGGAUAGCCUGUUCGUUGACGUAUUAUCGCAGAAAGACAAAUCAAACGUGUCUGCAUCCAAGGGUAGCGCAAUGGAUAAGUGGGAUGCUGAAAUGCGGGAAGCAAUCGCCAAAAAGAAAGGCAAUGCAGCGGCAUCAAACAAAGCUUUGACAAAAGAGCAACAAUCUGCCGUCAAUACCCAAAAGCAGAUAGAACGAGAAGUAAGACAAAGGGUCAUUGAAACGCAAACGAGACUACGAAAUGCUCUUGCAAUCGUUGUUAGCUUGGUGGAAGCUCGGACGCAUGCUAUUGACGAUAAGAUGGUCGAAUUGGUUUCAAUGCUAUUGGCUUUCUUCAAAUCGCCACCUGCUCGACAAUUGGCAUUGAAUGAAGCACAUAGAGCGUUUGAUUCUUUAUCAACUUGCUGUGGGGAGAGAAUGGACGAAUAUGGAGGUUUGAUCAAGUUUGCAAUUCUACGAACCAUUGAUCCUUCACUGGUUCCUGCUCAACAUUCUGAGGAAAGCAUGAAGGAUCUAGCAUUGCGCAUUUUGUACCGUCUUCGCUUCCUUUGUGAACAAGCACCUCUAGAUCUUGCAUCUAUUUCGUUUGUCGAGCCAUUUAUCUCAAAAGUGAUUCUAUCGAACGGUUUGGACUUGGCAGCAGACGACGAAGAUGGAACGUUAGAACAGGUGCAAUUAGCUUUGGACUUUAUAACAUUCCAUGGUGAAGCAUGUCGUGAUUCUCGUUUCCCGCGAUUGGCGUUCAUUGAUGAUCUAGCCCACAUCGUUGCCAACAACACUCAACUAGCAAAAGAUGCGGUCUCAGCUUUGCGUACGCUGGGUGAUGCAAUAAAGAUCAACGCUUCGCCACAAGAAAUCUCUCGCCUUUUACAUCAUAUCUUAGCCGAAGAGGUAUAUGUUCGCACAGGUGCAUUGCAAGCAUUGCAGCCCUUGGAUUUGACCGAUUUCGAGUUCUGUUCUGAACUCUGGCUCACCUGCCAUGAUGAAGAUGAAGAAAAUGCGCGAUUGGCAAACAAGGCAUGGGAAGAGAAUGGUUUGGACAUUCCGAUGGAGUAUGCAUCUUCAAUGUUACCGAUGCUACAGCAUAGUCACAACUUCGUACGAAGUGCAGCAGCUCGAUCAAUUGCAACAGCCGCUCAGAUUCACCCAGAAACGACCUCUCCUACAACGCAAGCAUUGAUGGCGUUGUAUGAAGAGAGAAAUCAAAUUCUAGAGACCGAGUAUGAUCGAUUCGGUAUGCCAAUCGAAGAGACUGUGAAUCGUGAAGAUCCAUGGCGCAUUCGUGAUGCUAUUGCCUCUUCAUUCUUAAACCUAGCACCAAUCUUCCAAGAUGAAGAUUUGGUUCCAUUUUUCAAUUUCUUGAUCGGAAAGGAGGCGCUUGGAGAUCGACACGAACGUGUUCGUAAAACCAUGUUGGACGCAGCAACUGCAGUAACAGAUCAACAUGGAUCCGCUCGUUUGUCUGAACUAAUUGCGAUGUUUGAAAACUUUUUGCAACAUCCUCAACCGAACACCAAUGAUGACAUCACAGAGGCUGUUAUUAUCCUAUUCGGUAGAUUGGCAAAGCACCUCACUGUCAAAGAUCCAAGGGUUUCACAAGUGAUUGAACGAUUGGUGGAAGCUUUGAAAACGCCGAGUGAAUUGGUGCAAGUUGCGGUCGCUGAUUGUUUGGUGCCCUUGGCAAGAACGGCUGAGAAGGAUGUACCGGCCUUGAUGGAACGUCUCUUUGAUGCUUUGUUGAACGCACCAAAGUAUGGCGAACGAAGAGGUGCAGCUUAUGGAAUUGCAGGUUUGGUAAAGGGAAGAGGAAUCAGCAGUAUCGCCGAAUUCAACAUUAUGACAAGAUUGGCAGAAGCAGUGGAAGACAAAAAGGGAACACAUGCCCGUCAAGGAGCGAUGAUGGUGUACGAAACUUUAAUGGCUAUGCUGCAAAGACUGUUUGAGCCAUAUAUCCCGCAAAUUUUACCUCAAAUGCUUUCUUGUUUCGGAGAUGGUACUACUGAUGUACGAGAUGCCACCCAAGAGACUGCAAGAGUCAUGAUGCAAAACAUUUCAGGAUACGGUGUUCGUCUGAUCAUGCCUUCGUUGUUGGAGGGGUUGGAAGACAAGCAAUGGAGAACCAAGAAAGGAGCGAUUGAAUUGUUGGGUGCUAUGGCUUAUUGUGCGCCUAAGCAAUUAAGUCACUUCUUGCCAACAGUCAUUCCCAAUCUCAAUGAGCCCAUCAAAGAUUCUCACAAGCAAGUCCGCUUGGCAGCAGAAACAGCCUUGAAAGGAUUCGGAGAUGUGAUCAGUAAUCCUGAGGUCAAGAAAUUGGUGCCAGUCAUCAUGAAGGCACUUGUGGAUCCAGCAAAGACGCCUGCAGCUCAACGUGCAAUGUUGACACAGAAAUGGAUUCACGUUUUGGACGGACCUUCUUUGGCCUUGUUGGUUCCUGUUAUCGAUCGUGGUUUGCGCGAAAGAGGUGCUCAAAUCCAAAAAGAUGCUGCUCGUAUUGUGGGAAACUUGGCCAGUUUGACAGACUCGAAAGAUUUCGUUCCAUACCUCAAUACACUUGUUCCGCUCGUUCGUCAAGUUCUUGUCUCGCCUGUGCCAGAUGCUCGUGCUACAGCAGCAAAGUCUUUGGGUACUUUGGUGGAAAGAUUGGGAGAGAUUCACUUUGUUGACCUCGUUCCUUCUCUUCUUCAAAUUCUCAAGUCUGAUCUCAGCAGCGUAGACCGUCAAGGAUCGGCACAAGGAUUGGCAGAAGUUUUGGCCGGAUUGGGGGUAGAACGUAUGGAAGCACUUUUGCCGGAUGUGAUCAACAACGCACAGUCAUCAUCUCGUUCAUCAGUGCGAGAAAGUCACAUUCUUCUGUUGAUCUUCUUGCCUGCAACUUUCGGACUACGAUUUACACCUUACCUCGGAAGAAUCAUUCCUCCAAUCCUUGGUGGUAUUGCCGAUGAAGCAGACAGUGUUCGUGAGGCUUCAAUGCGAGCUGGACGAAUGAUCAUUGCAAACUACAGUUCGCGUGCAGUGGAUCUGUUGUUGCCUGAAUUGGAACAAGGUCUAUUCGAUGAAUCCUGGAGAAUUCGAUUGUCUAGCGUUCAAUUGAUUGCUGAUCUUUUGUUCCGAUUGGCUGGUAUCACAGGAAACAAUGAAGUCGAAAACGACGAUGAAGCAGGUGAAGACGGAGCAGAACAAAAUGUCGUUGCUGCCAAUUCCAUUCAAAAGACUUUAGCCGAUACUUUGGGCACUCAAAGAAGAGAUCAACUUAUUGCCAAGAUGUACGUUUUACGACAAGAUGUUGUGGUCAAUGUACGUCAAGCUGCUAUUCAAUUGUGGAAGACGAUCAUCAGUAAUACACCCAAGGUCGUUCGUGAGAUCUUGCCAUUGCUCAUCGAUCUCAUGGUGGAUCUCUUGGCUCGGGAAGAUGAAAGUAAAGAAAUGUCUGGUAGAGCUUUGGGAGAAUUGGUCAGCAAGCUUGGUGAACGUAUUUUGGCAGAAUGUAUUCCAAUGUUAAGAAUGCGAGGUGUUUCGGAGGACGUACAAUCGAGAAUUGGAGUUUGUUAUGCAGUGACGGAGGUGCUCAAUAAUGCAUCAGAAGAUCAAGCACAAGAUCAUCAAGACAGCUUGAUCGCAAUCGUUCGUCAAGCAUUGUCAGACCCAUCUUCAAGUGUACGUGAAGCAGCAGCGGAAGCAUUUGAUUCUCUUCACGAACAACUGGGCGACUACGCUACAGAAGAGAUUGUGCCAGGUUUGAUCGAAACAUUACUCAAUGGGGACGAUGAUGAAGAUGACGACGACGAUGAGGAAGAAGAAGAUGAUGAUGAAGAGGGAGAAGAGGAGAAGAAGGAAGAUGUCGAAGCCAAACAAGCAGAAGAAGAUGUCGAGAAGGAUGAUGAUGAAGAAGAAGAGGAAGGAGACGAUGACGAUGACGAUGACGAUGAUGACGAAUCUGAAGAAGAUGAUUCCAGUCAAGGACGUGCUUUGUCCGCCUUGCAAGAGAUCAUGAGAAGUAAUGCCGAAAGCGUCUUCCCCGUCGUGGUUCCAGAAUUGAUCGAGCAACCAAUCACAGCUUUCAAAGCCAGCGCCUUAGCCACUUUGGCUGCUCAAGCAGGAAAUGCUUUGAAUUCAGAACUGGAAACGAUCCUCUCAGCUCUUUUGACAGCAAUCGAAGGUUGUCAAGGAGACGAUGAAGAAGAAGAGACAAAACUGUCUCUAGAAGAAUCUUUCUCAACUCUCCUUUCGAAUAUUUACGAUUCCGAUGCUGUGUACGAAUUUAUGGACGUCUUGCUUGGCUGGGCUGCAGACAAAAGUUCGGCGGAACAACGCUUGCGUGGUACCCGAACAUUCUCGACCUUCUGCAGAGUCAAAGAUGAAGAUGCAGAUAUGGGUAUUUACGGUAUCUACUGGGUUCAAAGAUUGGUUGCUCUUUUCAAUGAUACGAAUGAAGAAGUCGUUGAUUUGGCGGUGAAUGGAUUGGAAGCUUUGAUCAAGAUUGUGCCAAAAGAAGAUUUGGACAACAUCGUUGUGCCAUUGUAUGAAACCUUGAUCGCUACUGGUCAACAUGGUGACCAAUUACCUGGAUUCAUGCGUCCAAAAGGUGCUGCUCCUUUGAGUGCCGUAUUCUUGGCUGGUUUGAUGAACGGUACAGCAGAACAACGUGAACUUGGAGCGUUGGGUUUGGCCGAGAUCAUUCUUCGAAGUUCGGCAGAGUCAAUUAAGCCGUUGAUUAUUUCCAUCAUUGGUCCAUUGAUUCGUUCGUGCGGCGAUCGUCAUUUGCCCGCCGUAAAGAAAGCAAUCUUAUAUGCUCUCACAACUGCGUUGCAAUUCCCACAACAUUGCAAACCUUUCUUCCCACAAUUGCAGAGGUCUUUCCAAAAAGCUAUUCAAGAUGCUCCUUCAACUGCCGAAGAAGCCAUUCGUAAACAAGCAGAAGCCGGACUGGAACUAUUGAUGUCACAUCAAGCAAGAGGAUUCAAGCCAGCAUAAAUAUCGUAGUAUACAUCAUAAAAUGCUGAAUGAAUUAAAUAUUGUCUAUAAUACAGAUUGAAAAUAAAAAACAAACUUAAUUGAAUAAGUCUAAAU